AUGGCCGAUACACACCAGAACGCCGAGAAGGCGAUGCACGAGACCACGCCCGGUCUGCGACGCAACUCUGACCCUGCUCUUGAGCCCGAACAUCAGCACACCCACGGGCACCUUCACCACGCGCCUGGCGUCGCACCCACCAACGAUGUCAUAUACACAAAGGGAACCGACAUCCCGAUGCAUAAGCACACAGAUGGUGCAGGCUCUGGUACCCCGCCUUACUACAGCGAAGAGGAGAAACCACAGCCAGGCAUUUUGGCCCAGCACGAUGUUGAGGGCCAAUCUGAGUACAAGUCUUCGUUCCGUACUUUUUACGACGGCCCUGGUCGCAUUAUCGUCCACGCCUUCUUCUUCCUCCUCUUCACCGGCUGGUGGAUUGCCUCUCUGAUUCUGCAUCGUAAUGACAAGAAUUGGAUUGUUCCUUUCCUUGUCUGGCUCUGCGUUGUUCUGCGCAUCAUCUUCUGGCAUGUUCCUAGUCGCUAUGUUAGCAACGGCAUUCGCAGCGGCUGGAAACAUACCGCUGUCAUGGUCUAUAACAGGAUCCCCUCCAAGUGGCGCACUCCCGCUGGUGCUUUUGUCACCAUCGCUGCCAUGCUUGUCGGCUCCUUUGUCACGAAAGAAAGCGUCAACAACACCCGUGGCAACCGUGCCAUUAGUCUGCUCGGAAUGGCCAUCAUCCUCGGCUGCUUCUGGGCCACCAGCGCCCACCGAACCAGGGUCAACUGGCGCACUGUCAUUGGAGGCAUGCUCGCCCAGUACGUUAUUGGUCUGUUCGUUCUUCGCACCGGCGCCGGUUACUCUAUUUUCCGCUUCAUUGCCGACCGCGCUGGCGAUUUGCUUGGAUUCGCCAAAGACGGAGUCAUUUUCCUGACUGACGAAGACACGGCUGCCAAGCCCUGGUUCUUCAUUGGUGUCAUUCCUGCCAUCAUUUUCUUCAUUUCUCUUGUCCAGGUGCUCUACUAUAUUGGAUUCAUCCAGUGGUUCAUCAAGAAGUUUGCCACCUUUGUCUUCUGGGCCCUCGGUGUAUCCGGUGCCGAAGCGGUUGUCGCUGCCGCUACUCCCUUCAUUGGACAAGGAGAGUCUGCCAUGUUGGUCCGACCUUUCGUCGCGCACAUGACCAACGCCGAGAUUCAUCAAAUUCUCACAUGUGGUUUCGCCACCAUUUCUGGUUCCGUUCUUGUCGGCUAUAUUGGUCUGGGUCUGAAUAAGGAAGCUCUCGUAUCUUCCUGCAUCAUGUCCAUCCCGGCCUCACUAGCCAUCUCCAAGCUGCGCUACCCUGAGACGGAGGAGACUCUCACCGCCGGUCGUGUUGUGAUCCCUGAUGACGAUGAACACAAGGCUGAGAACUUCUUGCAUGCGUUCGCUAAUGGCGCGUGGCUUGGCAUCAAGAUUGGUGGCACCAUUGUGGCAUCGCUUCUUUGCAUUAUUGCCGUUGUCGGCCUUAUCAAUGGUCUCCUUACCUGGUGGGGUCACUACCUGAACAUCAACAACCCUAAGUUGACUCUGCAAACAAUCCUGGGCUACAUCCUCUUCCCUGUUGCCUUUUUGCUUGGUGUUCCUCAAAACAAACACGAGCUCCUCAGCGUCGCUCGCCUGAUCGCGGAAAAGAUCAUCACCAACGAGUACAACGCUUUCCAUGCUCUUACCACGGAAGCGGCUUACGCCGAUCUCAGCCCUCGCUCCCAACUCAUUGCAACCUAUGCUCUCUGUGGAUUCGGCAACAUCGGCUCGCUCGGUAUCCAGAUUGGCAUUCUGUCUCAACUGGCCCCUGCUCGCGCCGGUGAUGUUUCGCGCCUCGCUUUCUCUGCCCUGGUUUCUGGUGUCUUUUCCACCCUCACCUCGGCUGCAGUUGCUGGUCUUGUCGUCACGGACCAGACUACGAUUAUCAAGGGAAAUUAA